CGUGCACCUCCACACACCGCGGGGCCCCUCAGCACAGGCAGGGCGUGCACCUCCACCCAGGCUCCGUACACCCCCCGGGGGCCCCUCAGCACAGCCUGCAGCAUGGCGGGGCUCGCCUCUCCGCUCACAAGAAGAUAGCCCCUUCCCUCUCCGGCGCCUCCUCUAUCAGGGGCGGGAGACAUGCUGCGAGUGAGGAGGAGGCGGGCGCUGUGUACAUGCUGCAGUCCCUACUACUCACCUCAUCAUUCAUUUCCUAGUGGGGGGAGGAAGAGCCGGCACAGGAUGCGGGGCUCUGGGCUCUGGCUGUAUAGACCCCUGUGCCAUUCCUAGGUGCCAGCUGAUGCCCAGCCAGUCCUGCCAGCGGUGACAUGUGACAGCCGAUACUCCGCAAUGUUCCGACAGGUCUGCAGUCGCCUGGCCCCAUUGAAGUGAAUAAUUCUUCAUAUGGACCUGAAAAAACUGAACGGACACGGGGAAAAAAAAUACAUUCAUGUUCAAGAGCCCUAGAUCUGCCAUAGGAGUCACCCUUGCUACCACAUUGCCUUAGUUUCUGUGCCACUUUUAUUUUUUUGAUGGAUAGUGGUACAGCUUUAUUGCCAGUCUCUGCCAAGUUUGAAGUUUACUAUAAAUUUUUGCAUAACCUGGAGGAGGCAGUAAAGAUGAAAUUUUUCGUAACUCGCAAGCUCAAAUGCAGUUUCCUGGAGAAGAAAAUCGCGUGGGAACCCGUACUGUGUAUGUCGGGCAUCGGCCAGCUUCAGAAACAGAUGCUUAUAUUGCGCCUAAAUUCUGUGAUAACCGGAUUGUCUCAUCAAAGUACACCGUGUGGAACUUUAUCCCAAAAAAUCUGUUUGAGCAGUUUAGAAGAAUUGCAAAUUUUUAUUUUCUCAUUAUCUUUUUGGUUCAGGCGAUUGUUGAUACACCAACAAGCCCAGUAACAAGUGGCCUUCCUCUUUUCUUCGUCAUCACAGUUACCGCCAUCAAACAGGGCUUUGAAGACUGGCUCCGACAUCGAGCAGACAAGGAGGUCAAUAAGAGCACAGUGUACAUUAUAGAAAACUGUAAACGAGUCAAGAAAGAGAGUGAGAAGAUUAAGGUUGGUGACAUAGUAGAAGUAAGAGACGAUGAGACCUUCCCAUGUGACCUCAUCCUUCUGUCAUCCAGCUGUGGAGAUGGUACCUGCACAGUUACUACAGCGAGUCUUGACGGAGAGUCUAACGCCAAGACGUAUAUCGCUGUACGGGAAACAUCUGGUUUCUGCAGUGAUGAAGCGGUGGGCAAUCUCAGAGCCACUAUUGAAUGUGAACAGCCCCAGCCCGACCUUUACAAGUUUGUUGGACGAAUGAACAUAUAUGCUAAUCAGGAAGUAAAAGCAAGGUCUUUGGGCCCUGAAAAUUUGCUGCUGAAAGGAGCGACUUUAAAAAAUACAAAGAAGAUUUACGGUGUCGCAGUCUAUACUGGCAUGGAGACCAAAAUGGCUUUGAACUACCAAGGAAAAUCUCAGAAGCGCUCUGCAGUGGAGAAAUCAAUUAAUGCCUUUUUAGUAGUGUAUCUGUUCAUCCUGGUCUCCAAAGCUUCCAUCUGUACCACAUUGAAGUACGUAUGGCAGAACAAUCCUGCCAACGAUGAGCCCUGGUACAAUGAGAAGACUCGCAAGGAGAAGGAGUCAUUCAAGAUAUUAAAGGUCUUUACAGAUUUCCUUUCCUUCAUGGUUCUUUUCAACUUCAUCAUCCCUGUGUCCAUGUACGUCACUGUGGAAAUGCAAAAGUUCUUAGGAUCCUUUUUCAUUUCAUGGGAUAAGGAGAUGUAUGAUGAGGAAAUAAAGGAGGGAGCACUGGUGAACACUUCUGACCUUAAUGAGGAGCUUGGACAGGUGGAGUACGUGUUCACUGACAAGACUGGCACGCUCACAGAAAACUCAAUGGAGUUUAUUGAAUGCUGCAUAGAUGGCUACAAAUACAAGGAGACUGGAGAUGGACUGUCUGUAACCGAUGGGCCUGCUGGAUUCUAUGGGAAAGCUUCUAAGGAUAGAGAGGAGCUGUUCCUGCGAGCGCUCUGUCUGUGCCAUACCGUCCAGAUGAAAGAAGACUGUCAGACUGACGGACCCGUUGCAUCAUCCGAGAGCAAAUGCUCCUACGUCUCCUCUUCUCCCGAUGAAAUCGCUUUAUUGACUGGAGCCAAAAAGUAUGGAUUCACAUAUAUGGGGACUGAAAAUGAUUUCAUGAAGGUGAAAAACCAAAACAAUGAGCUGGAAGUCUACCAGCUUCUUCAUGUGCUGAACUUUGAUCCUGUGAGACGGCGAAUGAGCGUGCUUGUCAGAACGAACACAGGCAAAAUUUUCCUUUUCUGCAAAGGAGCUGACUCUUCGGUGUUUAAUAGAGUGGUGCGGGAUGAGGUCGCGCGCAUUAAGGCUCACGUGGAGCAGAAUGCUAUGGAUGGAUACAGGACUCUCUGUGUAGCAUACAAGGAGCUGGGCAUGGAGGAGUAUGAGAAAGUGCACAAACAGCUGGACGAGGCGACUAUGGCUUUACAAGACAGGGAAGAGAAGCUGGCCCGAGUAUUUGAUGAUAUAGAAGACAGCAUGCACUUACUUGGAGCUACUGCUGUAGAAGACAGACUACAGGAGCAAGCUGCAGAAACCAUUGAGGCUCUCCAUGCGGCCGGCAUGAAGGUCUGGGUGCUAACUGGAGACAAAAUGGAGACGGCAAAGUCCACAUGUUAUGCCUGCCGAUUGUUUCAGAAUACCACUGAACUGCUGGAACUGACGACCAAAAACAUGGAGGAAUGUGAAAGGAAGGAGGAUCGCUUACAAGAGCUUCUCCUGGAGUAUCACCGCAAGCUGGUGCAAGAAGCACCCAAAAUAAAAGGGAGCGUCAAAAGGAGCUGGACAGGAAGCCAGGAUUACGGACUGAUUAUUGACGGCUCCACGCUGUCACUCAUCUUAACUACCAACUGCAGCUCCAGUCCUUAUAAAAACAUCUUUCUCCAGAUCUGCCAGAAGUGUACAGCGAUCUUAUGUUGUCGUAUGGCACCCCUGCAGAAAGCACAGAUUGUUAAAAUGGUGAAAAACAGUAAAGGAAAUCCAAUCACGUUAUCUGUGGGAGAUGGAGCUAAUGAUGUUAGCAUGAUAUUGGAAGCACACGUUGGCAUAGGUAUAAAAGGAAAAGAAGGCCGCCAAGCAGCGAGAAACAGCGACUAUGCCGUGCCAAAAUUCAAGCACUUAAAAAAACUUCUUUUAGCUCACGGCCACUUGUACUACGUCAGGAUAGCGCACCUUGUACAGUAUUUCUUUUAUAAGAACCUGUGCUUCAUCCUGCCACAGUUUUUAUACCAAUUCUUUUGCGGGUUUUCACAACAGCCACUGUAUGAUGCUGCAUAUUUGACCAUGUACAACAUCUGCUUUACCUCUCUACCCAUCCUGGCUUAUAGUUUAUUGGAACAACACAUCAGCAUCCAAACGCUAAUGGAAAAUCCUAAAUUAUAUAUGAGAAUAUCUGAUAACUCAAUGCUGCAGUGGUUGCCUUUUCUGUACUGGACUGCACUGGGAGCUUUUGAAGGACUAGUAUUUUUCUUUGGAGUAUAUUUCCUGUUCGAAAAUCCUUCACUGGAAGGCAAUGGUCAGGUAUUUGGGAACUGGUCUUUUGGAACAAUCGUCUUCACUACAUUAGUGUUUACAGUCACAUUAAAGCUUGCAUUAGAUACUCGAUACUGGACGUGGAUGAAUCAUUUGGUCAUAUGGGGCUCAUUGGCCUUUUACGUCAUCUUCUCCAUAUUUUGGGGAGGAAUCAUUUGGCCGUUCCUCAGACAGCAGAGAAUGUACUUUGUGUUUUCUCACAUGUUGACAUCCGUCUCCGUUUGGCUUGCCAUAAUUCUGCUGAUUUUUAUCAGUCUUUAUCCAGAAAUAUUGUUGAUCGUUGUAAGAAACCUUAAGAAUGCAGGUCAAAAGCAUUUACAGCUCCAGCUGCCUAUGCUGAUAUCCUACAAAAAUGUGGAGAACGGGUGCCUCUCUCGAAUAAGAUUUGAAGAGUACAAGCUGAACCCUUUACUGUCGUCUUUCGACGUAUAUCAGUGAUAUACAUGAAUACACUGUGCAAGGCCAGCAAUACCACUGAGGACGAGGAGUGCUUCUCCUUUGUGAUCUUUAUAUGUUACACACGAGAUCAAAACGUGACUUCCCUUCAGCCAAGAACACAAGACCACCAGAAGAUGCGAGAGGACUCCAUUUUCCGAUUCUUCUACUUUGGCCUUGAAGACUUGUGGAUGUUCAGACAAAGCGUCUGGAUGAACUACCUGCCUAACCCUCUUGGUGCAUGUGCUGUACACAAUAACGUCGCCUUUAUGCAAAACCUUGCACAUCCCUUGAGGAGAUGUGUUCUGCAUUUUUAUAUUCAUGAGAACAUGCAUUUAUAACAGCCGACUAACCGCAUAUUAUUGCACAGGAAUACUUAUCAGUUUGAGUUGUCUUUUUGAUUGGUUUCGUCAUUUUCCUCCACACACUGGCAGGUUUAGUUACGGAAGGUUGUUAUAUUUCAUAUUGCCGUUUUGGGCUUAAUCCUAGCAGGUAUAGCAUUACUGGUGGCUUCCGGCUACACGAGUAAUCACUAUCCAGGAUACGUCCGAUUCCAGUGCAUCCAUCUGUACUUGCAUCGGGGAAUGUAACGUUGUGCAAACCUAUUGCUUCCAUAUGCAGGAAUGAAUGGUACCUGUAGGGGACUUAUCCGUGGGCAUGCAGUUAGUUUACAUUCAGCCAUGCAGACAAAAGUAAACUUCCCCUUUAACUUGUUAAGGGGGUUGUUUGGUAAUGUGGCUUUACCUACAAUGAAUGAUCAGGUGUCUCUGAGGCCGUACCAUGCAGGACUGACAGUCUGGUCCCUGUGUAGAUACAGACAUCCCUACAUAGGAUGCAGGAGGGUCAUUGAGACUCACAGGCACAUACCCAACAACUGCAUUACCUGUCAACCCCUUUAAUGAUAUUAAAGGCUACACAAACAGGCAGCCACAGUGAGGUAUGAUGGUUGUAGCUGGAAAGGAACUCAAACAGAAUGUGCUUUCUACAAUAGUUUUUUUCUAAUAAUUUUUUUAUGUUAUAUUAACACGUAUCUAUAUUGCUUUAAGUCUUAGAUCAUAUUUCUUCCAUAAUUAGUUUUUUGUUCCAGAUUUCCAUCUUUUUACAAUUUUGCAGUAACCAAAAGCAGCGGUCUAAUCAGUUUCUUUGCAAUGCACUGAGGUUUGCUGCAGUUUAUACCGGAGUUAAGAGACGCGGUUCGUUACUGACCGUUUUGAAGAAAAAUAUAGACUAUUUAUUAAAAAAAAAGGGUAUAUUUUUAUAUAGAGUGUCACAAUAGAGCAGUACUAAACAGUAGUAUUUAUUUGACUCAAUUGGCUGCAUAUCGGAAUUAAAUAUAGUCUUCUAUUACACCACGUGUUUUCACUACCAAUCGCACAAUACUUGUGUUUACAUGGGGUCUGUAUCUUUACACUUAUUUUAGUGUAAUGUUUUACCCAUCCAAACCAUUCCAGAUUUUAAUACUAUGUGUAAUAUACAUGCAGGAAUCAGUUUUUUUUUAUUUAUUUUUUUAUUCAGUAUGGAUUUUACAUUUGGACUCAUUUUUAGGUUUCCCUUUUUUAUACGUCACAAUUUCCCAGGUCUGGGGCGAUGCGUCCUGUUCAGAUGCUAGGUGUCAAUGGGCCGUGAAGUAAAGUAAAUGUAUUUGAAAGGACCUUUUUGUUUUUUAAGAGAAAGAGACCUUUUUUUUUUUUUUAAGUGGAUACGUGUAUGAACUGAUGUAAAAGUGAUUGCAAAUAUCUUGUACAAUGCAGUAUUAGUACUCCAUUAUGUUUUUUGUAAUAUAUUUUAUGUCUAGAUUAAAAAGAAAAACAAAAAACAGUGAUAUAGGCAUGUGCAGGGGCCUUCAAUGAUGGAGUGACAUAACUACUAAGAGUCGGGCUCCCAAUAGAAGACUUCAUCCUCAGCUUCAUGGGUGGUGGUUUUCCAGAUGAUUUCAGGCCCUAAAAGGUUCGGGCAAAGCCUGAUCCCUUCAGCUCAUGCGUAGAAAUAUUCAGAGUGUGAUGCUGUAGAUGGUGCUGAUGAGGUCAUGGUGUCUGACAAUGAAAGGCCCUUAUUGUAAUUCUGGCCAUCCCCUUAAAGGGCGGAUCUAAUCUUAGAAGGAACCCCUCAUUAGGAGGAUAGCCUCAACAAGAUUGGGACACGGGCACAACUUCCUAUCGCGCCUGAACAGGCAGUGUCCCUCCCCCAGGUGUACAGCUUGUGUAUCGCCACAGAUUUUUUUACUUUAAUGGUGGCUGCACAUGGUGCGGAUUAUACACGUGUUUUUUUCUGUGCGGGAAAAACUGCAGCAACAGUCCCAGUAAAGUGAAUGAGAUCAGAACAGAAAAUCCUCACUAAAACUGCAAUAAAUGGUGUUUUUUGUGCAGUUUUGAUGCAUAUUUCAUACAUAUUUUCUGCACACAAAUCUGCGCCGUAUGCAGCCGCCGUAAAGGUAAAGGGCUACUCCCAUCACACAAAUUGAUUUGAAUUCCUGGGAACGCCAUUCCAUUCAGUUGACUGGGGUCAUGCUGCAGAUCAAUACAUAAUAUAUUACCGUUGAUGGGGAUGUAGCACUUAGCUAGUGCUGAGACCCCUUCAUUGUCAUGGUUUUCCCACUGCCAGUGAUGGAAAUGCCUAUCAAUAUGCCAUCACUUUGUGGUUUAAAGCAUGGGUUUACCCAAGUCCACUAGUUUAAUAUAGGCAACCCAUUGUACCGAUACCCUAAGCCUUUUUGGUGACGGCUAUAAUUGUCUAUGAAUGGCCUCCUCUCAGUCCCUGGAAGAGAGUUAACGAUUCUGCAGAAGUGCCCCACCUACACACCCCAUUUUAAAUUUGCCACUUAUCCAAAGCUUUGAUCCAGCCACUUGUGCAUAAAUAGACUUAGUUUGGAACCUCAAUGCUAAUUUUACCUGAAUAGUAUAUCAGCUCUUAAUACCAGGACUCCGCAAUGGUAAUUUAUUCUAGCAUUUCUGAGAAACACCUUUGUGACCUGUUUUUUUUGUAAUACAUGAAUAAAUCUAAAGGAUCCAUCCAGUAAAUGAAAAGCCAUAUUUAAUUAGCUUGGAUGCUAAGAUGCACAGUCUAAAGUCUUCAGAGACAGGGACAUUUACAGUUAUUUAGAUCCACCCAGUAAGCUUGUAAUUGAAAGCUUUAUGAUGACAGGUUGGCUGAUUGUGGUCCACUUAGGCUGUGUUCACAUCUGCAUUGGAGGCUCCAUCACAAUAAAUGGAAGAAGUAGCACUGCACGCAGCACAGUUUCUUUCGGUAAACCAUCAGACACCAUGCCGGAACGCGACAAACUGGGGGCCAUUGGUGCCAAUCGCGUGAUAGUUCUCCUAUUGCAUUGAUUACAUUUUCCUGUUCUUGACAAAACUGAAAAACAAAAUUUAGAUGCAGCACAGAUGUUGGACACCGCCUUACUGAAACUUAUUUUCUAGGCAAAAACUCAGAAAUGAAAACUGAUAAAUUCGGACGGCACAAAAAUGUCAUAGAAGAUGGCCAUCUCCAGGGAAAAUAUUGCCAACAUGUUGGUAAUGUUUUUGGCAUUUCUUUUAGCAAAGACAUGCUUAGAUGGAGGUUGACCAGAAAUGUAUUUAUACCAUUGCACAUUUGAAGGCAUAUUUUCUACCCUCAGUGCCUUUAUCAAUCUUGGCGCUAUGCGGUUCUUCUAGAAUUUUACUUUGUACUCAACUCCUGUCAGCAAGCUUACAUUAGGACACCCUGUAGAUCCCUCAAAAAGUGAAUUGUGUCCACUCAUCAACUUCCCGGUUUGUGAAAUUGUGUUACAAAGGGUUAUAUGAUGCACUUCCUUCGCUUGAACAAGCAAAACUUGAACAAGAGCAUGGUGCCUACAGUAUCAGCUGAUUUCCUGAAAGGAACUUGUUCUGUUGUACGGGUUUCUAUCAAAAGUAUCCCUAACAACUUUUGAUUCUGGGAGGCAUCAGUUCAGUAGAAAUCUCUGGUCAUAACCUUGGGAAGGGUUCCUGUAAUUUCACUAAACUUUGUCUCCGUGACAUGUCAGAAGUUUUGAUCUGUGGUGGUCCGAUUGCUGAAAUGAAGAGGCAGAAAAGCUUAGCUGAAAUUGGUGGCCCUUGGACUGUGAUUAGCUUUUUUUUCUUCGAAGAGCCGAGUGGACUCUGUACAAAAAGCUUUCUAUGGAUCCGUCCACUAAAUGUUCGGCUCUGUAAAGAGAACAAAGCUGAUUACAAUAAAAGAGGCAUGCAGAGCACUUCUGCCCCUUUGUUUCAUCGAUUGGUGAAGGUCUCGGCACCUGGACCCCCGCUUAUCAAAACUCAUGAAAUGUCAAAAGUCUAAGGAUAUAUCAGUUACACGUUAAGGAUGACCUCAUUGUCUUCGUAAAAACUACUGCGUAAUAUGGUAUUGAUUUCUACGUCGUACUUUUCUAUUGCUGUACAUUUUUUCAGGAAUGCCCUACAUAUGGCAGUCAGGUGAAAAGUAAAUAGGUUAAUGAUGGAAAUUUCAUCAAAAGGUCAAAACUGCUGGCAACUUAACAAGCCCAAAUGGGGACAUUUACAUGUUCUUUUUGUUGUGUUUUUGUCACUGCUGCCUCGGUCUGCCAUCAUCAGCAGAUAAUCACAAGAGAGAUUUCAUCUGAAGUUGGUGACCGUUUGUCUAUGCAUGUCGUUGUGUGCUGUCUAAGUAUUUGCAAAUGUUCUCCGCCGUGAAUGACUCUUAUUAAAGCCAAGCAUUUAAUCCAAAGUUUGAUUCCAAAGCAGCGUUAUAUACAAAGGCAUGCUGACGUUUCACUAAUUUAAAUUGUUCUCUAACCCGAUCAUUUUGCAUGGGUAUAUAUAUUUUUUUUUUAUUAUGGUAAGAUUUGAUAGCCAGAUUAGAUGUCUAAACGAAGCAUUUUCUAUUGAAAUGUAUGUACAUUUUCUGUUUAGUUGACCAAAAUAACACUGGAUUAUUGUUGUAGAGUGUAAGAUUUGGUUUACAUGCGGCUAAGUGUGUUCUAUACCAGAUCUGGAAGGUCAAUCCUUUUAUACCAAAAAAAAUAAAAAUGAAAAAAUCAAUAGUAUGUCAAAUUGAUUAACACAUAGUGUCACUGGGUGUUUUAUUUAUUACAGCAAAUGAUUUUAUAACUUGGCAUUUAUGUUGCUAUAUAUAGGAGGAGUUGGCUAGCUGCCAUUCAGGUCAUCGGAUAAGGAAGCAUAGAUGCAUAUGCUGCAGUGAUGACCCAUCACUAAGUACCUGCCCCUCCCAAACCAACCCUCAUUUAUAAUGACCUUAUGUUUUCAGGUAGUCAGCUGAAUUGUUCCCUACACCAGGGCCCAUAAUACUUUCAUAGUAUAGUCCCUUGCAAUUAUUCCCUAUUGAUGUGCCUAUGAUAAAGGUUAGUCACUUAGCAUUAUCUAAAAUAUUUCCAAUCUCUUAGUAGAACCCACAGAAUACUGGCCUGUACAAAUGUGACAGUCUCACAUCGAGUUCCAUGGCCCUACACUUCUCUAUACUCUGUCAGUGGUGGCGAACCUAUGGCACGGGUGCAAGAGGGGGCACUCAGAGCCCUCUGUGUGGGCACCUACACCCUGGAAAAAGUUGUACCAAUAUGCCUUAGAGUUUUCCUGCCAUUUAUCAGAGCAGGGUGCGCUAUGAACGGCACAGGCAGCGCACUGAAUGUAGGCAGGCUAUUAUAGCUAAAGUAGAUGUAAGAUAUAAAUGUAUAAAGGGACCCACCCUGACUGGUUAGAUAACUUAUGAAAUGGUGCGGUAAUACAAAAUUAUACAAUAAAUCAGUAUUUGCAGUAUCAAAAAGGUUAGGUAUAUCAGUAUUCCUUGGAAGUAAUGAAUCCCAUACAAUCAGAUAUAGCGUGCAUAUGAAAAUAUCCAGCAGCCACUUACUAGUAUGCGCACUGAGAGGCGCGUCUGUUGCUGUAGCUGGACUCGUUUGCUACCUGUUGCGAUUCUCCUAUUGAUGUCUCUCACAAUAAUGUCUUCUGCUCACCUCGUGGCACGCGCGUAGCUCCUGCCGGUAGCUCGUCCGCGGGGAAGCGAUGUUUACACAUUUAUAUAAGGUUUUUCCUACACAUUGGGUUUUUUGGCAAUUUACCCUUAUUGGAACCCUGCAGCAAGUGAACCCACACAUACAUUUGAACUGUGUGGGUUGAUCCCCUAAUUAGACGGCAGCGCGGUUAUCCUCGCUUGUAAUUAUUUAUUUAGAUGUAAGAUAUAUUAUAUUGGACUGUAGUAUUCAGGUUAAAUUGCCAUGUUGGCACUUUGCGAUAAAAAAGUGGGUUUUGGGUUACAGUUUGGGCACACGCAAACAGCAAAUCUAUACCGACCUGAAUGCACCAAGCUCUUCUUGUGUCAAUCUCUGCAGCUAGAUAUUAUCAGAGAAGCUGGGUUGGAAAGGAUAGCAGUGUUACAUGGAUGAAUGGAGCCAGGAAUUCAGGACUGAAUUGAGGAAUCCUGUUUGUUAUGUGGUUGGGUAGUCUUGAGCCAUAUAAGAAAGGCCAGCAAGCCACAUUUGGCUCCUGUCCUGAUCAAUCGUGUGACCUCCCUGACUGUAAUCUAUUAGCUGCAUUUUAAGGUGUAUUUAAACUGCCCAACUGUCGGGCAGAUUAUUGGGAACGAACCCUCCUGCCCGUCUAAAUGUGCUGAUGAUCACUCGAUAACGAGCAAAACGCUCGUUCAUCGGGUCACCCUGUCUUUCGUGCAGGCACAUCAAUCAUCGUUUCUGGGCAGCAGAUCGUGCGGUCUAAACAGCAUCUGCUGCCCAGAAACAAUGAUUAUGUAUGAGGACAAGUGAUCGCAAUAGCCAUCCCUCAUCCUGUAAAGGAGAUCAGUGCAUGUAAAUUCAGCACUUCACCCCCACUGAACAAGCAGCCAACUGUCCGGUCAAUUGGCUUUCUGGUCGGCAUGUUUAAACCCACCUUAAGUCAUUGGCUACAGAGUAGAAUAUGCUGUUAAGAAGUAUUACUUUGACAACAUAGAUGGCUUAUGGCGGGUUUACAUGAUGCAAUGUACAGCUGAUUGUCGAGAAGAAAGCUUUCCUUUCUGACAGGCAGCUGCUCGUUCAUUUAUAUGCAGUGAUCUCCGUCACAGACAGAGCACGAGGGAUCACUAUUUCGAUCGCCCGUCCUCAUACAGCUGCACUGUUUCUGGGUAAGAAGAUAACUGUUUAGACCACACAAUCUGCUGCCCAGAAGCAAUGAUUGAGGUGCCUGCACAAACGACAGGAUCACCCAAUGAGCAAGCAUUUAUCUCAUUCAUUGGGUGAUCGGCAACAUAUUUACUCAGGCAGAUCGUUCGUUCCCAAUAAUCUGCCCGAUAUUCGUGCCGUGUAAAUCCACCUUUAUAGUUUUGCCAAGGAAAUUGGCAAGUCUUUGUUUUUGGUGGUUCUUGAUGCAACUGUGAAAUAAAGAUAUAAUCGGCUCUGUUCCCAUCAAAUAGCAAAGGUGGGAUCACUGACGCACCCUUAUGGAAGCAAUGAUCCUGUCGCAUGAACCAAUAUUUAUAUGAAGACACUAAUGAUCUGUAGAUAGUAAAAAUACGAGGGACACUAGAUAAACAUAGCGGCCACAUACAAGGACAUACAGAUAUGGCAAAUGUUAAUUUGACACUUAAAGUGUUAAAUACACAGUUGAAGCAUAAUGUAAACUAACACUUAACAAAAGCUAUUGGAAAAGGUAGGUUUAAAGUUCUGCAACUGUGUUAAUUGUCAAGGCAGGGUUUGCUACAUCUGUAUUUCUUAAAUCUUCAUCAAUGAAUGAGCAUGAAAAGGGUCAGUAAUGCUUCUAAAGAUGACCCUGCAUAGUGAAUGUCCCAAAAACACUUUUAUAGAAGGUUAAAAAUCUAGUUUCAGACUCUGGUCUGAUCAUUUAAGCAUUGCAUUGUUUCUGAUUGAUGAGGGUCCUACUGCCACGACCGCCACCAAUCCUGGGAUCGAUGAGGCCACAGCUCCACUUUAGCACUACAUCUCCUUUGUAGGAGUGCCAUUGUGCAGCCAGAACAGAUGCAUUCAGGAAAAUGGGUCAGCUGCAUUCGGGUUAGCCGAGCGCGGUAUGCUCCCAUUCACUUGUAUGGGAGCAGCGCUUAGUGGUGGACAGACCCCGGGAAACCCGCGGUCCUCCAGCCACAGCUCUCCCUGCUCCGUUCUCCUUGUAGGUGCCGGUCCCAGAGGUGGGACCCGCACCUAUCAAACAAUGAUCCUAGCGAUAUUCCCCCAUUGUAUGUGAUGGGAAUACCCCUUUAAAUUUCAUAUCAUUUUUACAUUAAGUAAACUGCAUGGUUGUUACUGUGUGAACAUCCUUUGAAAAGGAAAGAUGACUGCUAAUAUUUUUUUAUAAGGCUUAUGAAGAUCUCAAAUUAAGAAUGGCCUGUUUUUAUAUUAUAUGCUGCAUCCAUUGAAUGUAAAUUUACAAUUUUGUAAUGCUUGAGUUGAAACCCAUCAUCUUCUUGCAAGCUAUUUUAUAUUGAUGUUAGUUGCAAUAAAAAUGCUUAUUUCAUA